AUGAUACUGCGGUUGUUGGCCGCUCUUGGAAUAAGUGCUGCCCGUAAUACUCCCCGAACUCCAUUUGUGCUGGAAUCAUGCUUUGCAUUAGCGGAUGUUUCUUUAGCCCUAGGUAUGGAAGAUGUCGAGGAAAUAUCUCGUUCCAUAACUAUGUACUCCCGUAAUACAUCGAUAAUCGCAAACGAGCCUUCAAAGUAA